AUGGGCGACUUCGAGUACCGCCACGGACGUCGCACGCCUCCACCCAACGUCUUGGGGCAGCGACCAGAGAAGCCACCCAUGCAGCCUCGUGGCCCGCCUGUAGAGAUCCAUGCAGCACGGCAACGAAUGGAGGGAACCAAGAGCUCCCAGGCGGAGAAAUGGCUGCGGCGCUCGGGCAGCUCCAAUGUGCUGAAGCCCUCAGCAUCAGAGCCAGCCAUGUCCACGGGAACCCCGAAAUCGUGCCUCGGAGCUGAUUUUCAUGACUUCGGAAAUGCUGUCGGAAGUCGAACAGAUCAGUUCUUGAAGUUUGGGAGGUCCUUGUCUUGGAAAGAAGCCAGCCAGAGAGCAGCGGGUCGACGGAAGUCCUUUAAAGCUGGCCUCACGGGGAAGGGCGGCUACGAGCCAACUUCCUGGAAGUAUGGCAGUAUCCCGGACUGGCCAGAACCCAAAUACCAACUCGAGAGGGCAGAGGAGAACAAGGUCAUUGGUGUACCCCGAGGGCCGUGUGCCGCAGAUGAGACCGCCGGGCCGGGCGACCAUACGCGUGGCAUCCGAGGGAGUGCGCCUCACUUCGUCGCCACCUCGCACAGCUUGGGACAGGUGGAAUGCCCUCUGGACAAGAGGGUUUGCGUCGAGAUCGCUGAAGUGAACCGGGCUGCUCGAGUUCAUGAGGCGGAUAAGAACUUCAAACGGCAGGAGGGCGAUCUCUCCUUGGGGAUCGUUGGGAAGGAAGGCUCCUACAAGUCCACCAUGUCAGACCUGGGCCAAUACCAGGGGUUCUCUGUGCCGGAGUGGGGCACACCGGACAAGUACCAUUUCCUCCCUGACGCCAUGUUUUUCGACAAGCCCGACUUGCAGGUCAAGAAGCCGCAUUACGUGAGCACCUACUCGGAGUUGGGAAAUAUCCCGGGCUGGCCAAAGAAACGUUACGACUUCGGAGUGAUUGCAGAUACCAGAUACCGGUCUGGGCCCUCGGGUUCACAAAGUGGCGGGAGUGAGUCGAUCGACAGCGGUGGCCCUGCUGGAGUGACGCAAGCUGGGACUUUGCCCAUCAGAAUUUACUGUAAGAUUUUUCAAGCUGACAGUAACGGGAAUAUGACCAGCAAGAAGAAGAUAAACCGAUAUGUUCACCGAUAG